AAACAGAGCAGUGUGCCUAGCAGAUCCAAAGUAUCCUAGAACACACCACUUCUUGAGGAUGACAGGGAGCGCAAUGGCUGGACCAACGCCCGAAACUCAAUAUCAAAGAACUUUAAGAAAUAUUCCAGGAACAUCUGCCGGAUCGUUUUUGACUAUGCCUAGACAAUCCAGAGGAAGACGUCGUUUGCGUUCCAAAUCGUUUGUUGGACGUACUGCUCAAGCAGCAGUUCAAAAGAGUAAGCAAAGAACUUGGAUCAUUCCACUGAUUCUUCUCGUUAUUUGCAUCGGAUGGUAUUUGUUGGACCCAUCAGGAAGUCCGAUUCGAUACGGAAUAUUCAUAAGUUACCCAGUUCCAGGUACAUCUCCCGUGCAAUAUGGCAAAGGACCGUUAGAUAUAGCAUUUUGUAUAUUCUAUGCUUUGGUGUUUAGCUUUACCAGGGAGUUUAUUAUGCAGGAAAUCUUAGAACCAUUGGGUAGACACUUUCAUAUUCACAAGCAAAACAAACUUCGUCGUUUUGAAGAGCAGGCUUAUACUUUUCUCUACUUCACCAUGAUGGGUAUUUGGGGUUUGCAUGUUAUGAAGCAGACUCCUAUUUGGUAUUUCAACACAGAUGCAUUUUGGGAAACGUACCCUCACUUUACUCAUUUUGCAUCGUUCAAGGCGUUUUAUCUUGUUGAAGCUUCUUACUGGAUUCAACAGGCUCUAGUUUUGGUUCUGCAAUUAGAGAAACCCAGAAAGGAUUUCAAAGAACUCGUUAUGCAUCACAUCAUCACUUUGCUUUUGAUAGGCUGUAGUUAUUACUUCCAUUUCACAUGGAUUGGUUUGGCUGUGUUUAUCACCAUGGAUACGUCGGAUAUUCUGCUCGCCUUUACCAAAUGUCUCAACUAUCUCAACGUGUCUUUUGUGUAUGUAUCCUAUUUAAUUUUCGUAUUUUUGUGGAUUUAUAUGCGCCACUACCUCAGUUUGAAAAUUAUUUGGUCCGUCUUGACCUCUAUGGCGACUAUCAAUUCUUUUGAAUUGAAUUGGUCGGCACAAUACUAUAAGUGUUGGAUUUCUCAAUAUGGUACUGCUUUCUUACUGAUAUCUCUGCAACUUGUGAACCUUUACUGGUUAUUUUUAAUCCUUCGUAUCGGUUAUAGAGCAUUUACUACCCAAGACACUCAUGAUGAAAGGAGCGACGACGAGGAUGAACACAGUCCUGAACCACAGGAUUCCGAUGGUAAGAAGGAGAAAUAGAGUUUUCUACUUUUACACUCUAGUUUUCUUUUUAUCCGUAACUUUAUUUUUGUAUUGAUCGGUUGUGCUAUAUUGUUGGAUAAGACUUUGGUAUUAUUUCGUUUAGGGAAACAUGGAUAAAGACUUAUAGAAAGAAACGACAAAAAAACUUCACAUCGCACAUUUGUUGCUCCGUCGCUCACUCCUACAGUAAGGCCGCUGAGUUUUUGCUUCUUAUUGCUUUUGUUUUAUUUACAAGUAUGAGCUCGUGAAAACCGCGAGUUCAUGAUUUUAGUCUUCAAACUGUUUAGUUCUUGGUAGUAUAUAAAGAAUGGUUUCUUAUACAACGUUGAAUUCUGGACAGUGAAAAGACAUACCAUAUUUUUUAGUCCUUUAGUUUUUAUAGAAAUAAAAAAGUGUUUCAUUAUCAUUA